CCACUACCAUCAAUAACAUCAUCAGUAGCAGCAGCAGUAUCAAAGGGCAAGAUAGCAUAUACUCACACAGCAGCAGUAUCACUCUGCUACACUCUCUCACACACACAAGGGUCAUACCAUCUCCUGCCUGCUGAGCCAACCGUUGUCCUUCCAUCAGCUCCUCCCUCGCCGCCGCCCGCACUCCGCAUCCCUCGAGGGCUCACACGAUCGGGGGCCAUCCCAUCUCAUCCUCUCACCACCUCGAUGUCCAACCUCUCCUCGUAUACCUCGCACCUUCUCUCAAACAGACAAAGCAACACAUCGCAAUCCUCUAGCAGCAGUAGACAGCAAGCCCCUCUGCAUGGGCAGCCAGGCGCAUCAUCCCACUUCCGCUUCGACCCCCUCCUGCGCUCCACCUUUGGCCAUCGAUCCAUAGAUCUCUACGGCUCCCAAGUGGAUAACGAGGACGAUCACUACGGCAGAGGCAGAGAAGGAGAGGACUCUUACCGGGACGACGAAGGGGAUGUGAGUCCCUCUGUCAGCUUCCAGAGCACGACAGGUAGGGGUAGGAGAGGUGCGCCGGGUGGAUUCACCGCCAAGGGAGGACCUAGCGGGACGGCCUCAUCCACGCUUCUGCAUGCAUCACGAUAUGGUCCGGCUAGACCACAUCGAAAAGGAUCAGCUUUGGACAUUCCAGAAAUCUCAGACGAAGAAGACGAUGACGAGGAGCAAGAGGAGAGGGAGCAGAGGUGGGGCAGGGGCCUCGACCUUAAGGCCUUUGAGUCGGAUGCAAGGACUGGCGGUAGGAGCGGUGUCGGCCUAGACAGCGUCGACAGCAUGCCAUCGCAAGCGGAUGGGGACUACACGCCCAGCGCUAGCUUGAUGCAAGGGGCAAGCAGGUCCCAGAGGGGCAGGCGAGCAAGCGAAGCCCCUUCCGGCGGGGUAGAUCCUUUCCUUGUUGAGGAUGAUGACGACUACGGAGACACCACCCAGGCUCAGCAGAGAGCUGAAGCAAGCCGCUCAAGUAAUACCGCCCCUGCAAGUCCUCGCAGAUCUGACAAGGGCAAGUCUCGAGUCCCGCCUCCAACGCACCCACAACGCGAUCUUAGCAGUGGUCGUGGCUGGCUUGCCCACUCCAUCGCGCCAGCUACAAAGAAGAAGCUGCAGAGCGCCUCUCCUGGCAAAAGAGUCCGUCCUCCUCGAGAUGCCUAUUCUAUCUACGAUGAUGAAGACGAAGGCGGAUUUACUUCGGACGAAGGCGACGAAGAUGAUGAGAAGACGCAGAGUGAACUCAGCGAGGAAGAUGAGGAAAGGCUGCAGUCAUCAAUGCCGUACAGGGAUGAGUCGAGAGGAGCCCAACGUCGCGACGGAGCAGAAUCGACGAUCCACUAUCCUGCAAAACUCGAUGCUUCCUCUUUUCCCAGAAGGAGCACAGCUACGUCUGCUCCAUAUCACGAUGACUUCACGAAUCGGGUAGUAGAGCGGACAGGCAUCAGUGGCGGGAGUGCCUCAGGGCCAGCAGGUCAGGAGAGCAGAGGUUCGGCGCCCGUUCCUCUCCCUAGCUCAGACUCUAUACUGCAAGAGCCUUCUCCUCUGCUCGGCGCACUCUCGUCGGCCCCAUCGCUAAAUCUCACAAGCUGGUCGCCCUUCUCUCGCGGCAACAAUCCCGCUUUCAAGGAGUGGAAGGAUCAGCCAGCUCUCCUAGUGUGGAUCGUCGCCCUUGCCGUCACUAUUCUUGUGGCAGGAGGAGCAUCAUUGGGAGUACGAUCGCCCUUGCCGCCAUCAACGCCAUCGAUCAGGCCAUCCCCAUAUUAUACCCUCACUCGCUCACUGCCACUGCUUAUUCUCCUAUCAGCGCUGUCGCUGCUGAUGGCUGUGGUCCAUCUAGCUUUUCUACGCAACCUAGAUCGCUUCGGCGGCACCCGCAUCUUACGCUUCGCCCUCGUGGCAGUCCCAUCGAUCCUAACACUCGGCUGGGUGUGGGCCUUUGGCGCUUCCUUCUUCUACUCAGACGAAGCCUGGUCAGGUGGUCUCUGGUCCACUACUGGGCUCAGACUACUGUCCCUCUUCCCACUGCUAUGCGCCAUUGCCUUUUCCAGGCUCCUCUACCUUCGUCGCGCUCAGCUAGACAGGAGCUUAAGCGUCUUGGCCCUCUCGGCUCGGAUCAUCUCAGCCCACCCUUCCUUGCUAAUCUUGGCCGUCCUGCAAAUUUUCCUCUUCCUGGCUCUCUCCAUUCCCUUUCUCACAAUCUUUAUCCGUCUCUUCCUGCUCGGUCACUUCUACCACCCAAGCGCAGAAGGCUCAUCCGACGUCUGGAUUACCGACCGGAAAGCUCGUCUGCUCGCGUGGUUCACACUGGCGACUUGGAUUUGGACUUGGAGUGCUCUGAGAGGUGUGAUGCGCGUCAUUGUCGCAGCGACGGUCAGUCAUUGGUACUUCUAUGGUCCGCCUAGUCGAGAAGAACAGGAGGAAGAUGAGGAGAGCGGACCGGCUGCUGGAGCAUUUGCCAAGGGUGGCAGAGGCGUGACAGAGGAGGAAGAGGAGGGGGACGAGACAGGCUCUGCAAGUGAGGAUGGAACGAUCGCAGAUGAGGAAGAAAGUGAGAUUCUAGGUCUGGGAGGACUUGGAGAGGAAGAGGAUGCAGGACCUUCGAAAGCACCAGGAGCCUUUAGUCGCUCCUCGCCCGCUGAAGCGAGCCGUGCCGCCAAAACUCAAGAGAGCCCUCUAGCGCACCGCAACCCUACCUCGGCGAACCUGGUGCGCUCCUCCUUCCUACGGGCUACCGGUCCCUCCCUAGGAACGAUUCUCCUCUCCUCUCUUCUCCUGUCCCUCUCUACGCUCCUCCUAAUCCUCUCCUCCCUCUCACGGCUACUCGCAUCCCUCCUCUCCUCACCUUCGAUCCCUCUACCAACCAUCUUCCACCCACUGGCACACCUGGCCUAUCUGCUAAGCGGUGUGGGAAACGUACUUGGAGAGAUGAGCGAGUAUACGCUCAUCUAUAGUGGUAUUACGGGGAGGGGAUUCUGGAAGAGCACGAGAAGAUGUGGACGUUUGGUGGCGAGGAGGGGCGUCAAAGGGUUGAUGGAAGGUCUCCUAAUUUCCACCAUCCUCUCCCUCCUCAGCAUCUCCCUCUCCUUCCUAGCCGCCCUAGCCGGCUUCCUAUUCUCUGCUCACCAGCUACACGUACCAGCUGAUGCGCCCCUUGUGGGAUUGAUGUGUGGGAUUGUACCUUAUUGGGUACUGAGGUUGAGCGGGGAUCUUUUGGGGGAUGGCGCCGAUACACUCUACCUCUGCUACGCCAUCGACACCCAAGCACCCCAAGACGGCGGCGCUACCGGCGGUGCUGGGCAGCAACAGACUUCCCUGCCUGGCAGUUUCCCCUUUGCCGGUGAAGGGCGUAGAGCAAGUCACGGUCCUGCAGCUGGAGCCGGAGCUGGAGCCGGAGGGGGAGCUUUGCCAGGGAACGGAAUAGCAGCAGGAGCAGGAGCAGCAGAGGGGAGAGGAUCAGGAGCAGCGAGUGAGGUAGGCAAAGUCUUCGCUGGGGUGGAAGUGGAUCAUCUUGCUGCGGAAGAGGAGGAGGAAGAAGAAGAAGGAGAGGGUUUGCCCUUCUAGAAGGUUUGUUUGGAAGGAAGGAAGGAAAUGCAAGUCAAUCAAGUCUUCAUCUUCAUCUUCAUCUGUCUCGCUCCCACUCUCGCUCUCACUCUCACUUUCACUUUCACGCUCACUCUGUGUGUGGGCCAGAGUUAUGAAAAUAGCGAUUUCCUCUCAGUCUGUC